AUGCCAAAAUCCAAGGAGGCCCCCAAGGAGCUUGCCGAGGUGAAGAGGAACCUCGAGCAAGUUGAGCGGUCACAGAAGGCGCUCAGUGAUAUUGAGGGCAAUCUGAAGAAGUAUCUGGGGGCCACAAUGAAGAUGAUGGGGUGCCUUGACAGCACCGGAAAAUGCAUUCAGGACGCGACGGCGGCGAUGACAGUACACUUGGAGGAGCGCCGGCAAAGUGCCUUUUGCCGUGAGCAAUGCAUGCCCGUGGACACCCUGCACCAGGUGGCAAGGCUGCUGGCGUCGGCGAUACGCGACCUGCAGGACGGCAGCGCGCUCGCCAUGUACAAGGAGACCCUGCACAAGCACAUUUUUAGCCAUAUGGGCCGACUGCGGAAGUCGGCGAAGGAGUCCUUAGGGGCGGGGCGGGCGGCGCUUUCGCUCCUGAAGAAGCAGCAGGACAAAGACGCCGUCGUCGCGCGGAAGGAGAAGAAGUACGCCAAAAUGAAUAAGAGCCUCACUGAGAGCAAGCGAUACGAGAAACAAGUGAAAGACCGCGACAAGGCCCGGAGUGCGGCGGAGGCGCAGGUGAGGAAGUUUAAUAAUUUGUACAGCUCCCACAUGGAGAGUGUGGAGGCGCUCGAGGGCGAUUUCAUGGACAGCUUCAUCGACGCCAACGCCCUGCUGCUGCAGCAGGCAAGCGGAGCCUUCAUCACCGUUGGGGAGGACGCGCUGCGCGCGUACCCGCAGCUGGCGGCGGUGCUGGUGCGUACCUCCGGCCGUGCAGCGCCGCGCGCGGUGAACGGCGGAUCGCCCCCGACGAGGAGCUCGCGGCUGAAGAUGGAGGAGGACAGUGCGGGCGCGUGGGCGAACGGCGACGCCGCAGAGAGGCCGAAUCUGGAGACGGAGCCGUUGGCUGAGGACCCCGCGCCGGGUAACCAGUACCUCCUCAACUACGCCGAGGCCGAGUCGAGAGCCUCGACGGUCAACGAUGCCCAUGAGCAGCCUCUGACAAAUCACAAGCCCCCCGAGGCGCGGGAGGCCCCGCAUGCACCCGACCACUUCGACGCUGCGGUCAGCGACGCCCAUGAGCAGCCCUUCACACAACUCCAGCCCUCUGCACCACAUGAGGCCCUGCAUGCACCCGACCACUUCGACGCUGCGGUCAACGACGCCCAUGAGCAGCCUCUG